AUGGGCAGAUACGACGGGUGUGCCCUUUACGUUUUGGUUGAGGACGAGAUCGAGGCCGAGUCUGUGGCAAACGGCCAGAAACAAGAGCCUGAAAGCGCUCUCUGCACAACUCAAUGCCUUUCUUUCAAGAAGCGACAGGCUACGUGCGUUGCGGGGGCUCCAUCAUGGCCAACGAAGGGAGCCAUCUUGGCUGCGGAUGCAAUGGCCGGCAUCGCGGUGCGGCGAGCAGCCGGAGGGAUCAUCGGAGCCAGCUCUAGAACGCCUGAUGUUGGGUUGAUCCUACAAGACGUCUUCAGUCUCUCGCGAUUCGUCGGAUUCCCCGAUCAUCUGGCUGAUGAGAAGAUGGAUGUUGCGGCUGAAAGCCUGUCAGCAUCACCAGCCGUAGACAUGGGAGAAUCAUUGGACUUGAGGUCUGGUCAUGGCGUAAUCGCUGGCCACGUCUUCCAUGGAACUUCUAGCAGCAAGCAGGCUGGAGGCGGUCUUGCGAUCGGAUGA